AUGGUGCAAGAUGGAAGAUUACAAGCUAUGGUAAAUAGAGGAGGCUGUCAACCAUCUCACUUGAUGUUUGUAGAUGAUAUCUUCAUCUUCUGCAAUGGGAACAAAAGGUCAUUGGAUAACUUAAUGGGUAUGUUGGGGAAAUAUCAAUGCUCAUCUGGUCAGGUGGUGAAUAGAGCUAAAAGUAAGUGCUUUGUUGGUGGUGUAACUGAUACAAGGAAAAAUGAGAUUGCAAAUUACUUGCAUAUGGAUUUAUCUGCAUUUCCUGAUAAGUAUUUUGGAGUAAUUUUGAAUCCUGGAAGAGAAAAAUAUUUUCAGGUUUGGGGUAUGGUGAAAAUGAUGCAACAAAUGCUUGCAGGCUGGAUGGGGAAAUUACUUGCUUUUGCUGACAGGUUAAUUCUGGUAAAAUAUGUGCUUUGUAUCAUGCCAGUAUACAACAUGUCAGUAUACAAGUGGCCAAAAUCAGUUAUAAAGGAGUGUGAGAAGAUUAUAAGAAAUUUCUUGUGGUCAGGUGACCCUGCAGUGAAAAGGUUAGUAACAGUCAAAUGGGAUGAAGUAAAUUCACCAAUUUCAGAAGGAGGGCUGAGACUAAGAAGAUUGGAGAUAAUGAAUAAAACAUUGCUAAUGAAAUUAUUAUGGAAGAUUGAAACAGAGGAUGUUGAAUGGACACAAUUCAUGAGAUCCAAAUAUAAGAAUAGCAAAAAUGAAUGGAUUACGUCAUAUAAACAAUCAUCCAUACGGCCAGGUAUUAAAUGGGUUAUUCCUGCAGUUAAGGACGGAAGCAGAUGGUUAGUAGCUGGUGGGAAGAAAAUAUAUGUGUGGAAGGAUAAAUGGAUAAAAGAUUAUGCACUUAUUGAUAGGUAUGCAACUGAUCCUUUUGUGGAACAAAAUAAGGACUUGAAAGUUCAUCAUUUUAUUGUGAAUGAUAGGUGGCAAAUACCAAAGCAUAUGUACAAAUUCUUUGAAAAAAAUGAAGUUCCAGUUCUAACUCAGGGGGAGGAUACACAUAUUUGGGAAACUGAUCUUCAAGGUAAAUUUUCUGUUUCAAGUGCAGCUCAACUGAUAAGGAAAAGUACCCAACAACUCAGUGGGCAAUUUCAAUGCCUGAAUCCAACAUAUUUUGAAGAGGUGUUACAGGUGGCAAAAAGGAAGAGUGGUGCUAUAAAAGCAAUAUGGUUUAAUUGUGCCUUUAAUACUAUGACUGAGUUAUGGCAUACAAGGAACAGAGUCAUAUAUAAGGAUGAAAAACAAAACAUCAUUAAGUUUAAACAGAGAAUUAUCAGAUUUACUGGAGAAUUUGGUGUUAGAAUCAAGAGCAGUAAAUGGAAUGGGAUGUAUGAUAUGAACAUAUUGCUAUAUUUUGGAAUAACUGGAGUGAAAACUCAAUGUACACAGGUGAAGCAAUGUCAUUUCAAACUCCCCUCAAGAAACCAAAUUUUAAUAUGUUGUGAUGAUGCAUCUAAAGGGAAUCCAGGAAAUGCUGGUUUUGGUUUUGUGGCAAAGAAUGAGAUAGGAGACUGUGUAGGAGCAGCAUCUGGUGGCCUGGGGCUUGCAAUAAACUAUUUAGCAGAGGUAAUGGCAUUGGUGAUGGCAGGAGUGUGGGAUAUGUGA